CCACUGUCACGUGUCACGGGUACGUAACUCCACAAACAAUCCUCCCAUUAGGUCCCCACCCUCCUGCCGCUGUUUCCAUCCACCCAACUCUCUGAUUUGGCCAGACGCUCCACUUUUUCCUCUACUAUCAGGUUCCACACCAGCCAGUUCCACCAAUCAGUUCCUGUUACUGUUUCUGCUCUUUCCUCCUCCAUCUGCCAAUCACCCCUCCUCUGCUGGCUCCACCAACCGCUUGCCAGCUCCCCGCACGCCUGAAUUCCCCUCCAGAAAUAGAAAUGCUGUCUGACUUCCUCUGGUGAUUUCCCUCCUGAUCCAGAAUCCAGUAAUUACAGUCUCUGGUCUCCGGGACACACUCGUUCCAUUAAGUGUGAGUGUGGACUGGCAGUGUAGACCUCUCCAACACCCCCAAUUCACCUUCCUCUCGUGCUCUGCGCGCAGUUUGUUUACUGCUCGUUUGCUCUGGAGAACAUGGACAUCUUCGCUUUCCCGCAGCUCCUGCUCAAACUCUUCGACAGGUUCACGGCGCUGGCCGUGUUCUGCACGGUCUUUUGCCUGGUCUUUGACUUCAUGAAGAGGCGCAAGACGUGUGGGAACUACCCUCCCGGACCCCGGGGCUUACCCUUCGUCGGGAACAUCCUGCAGGUGGAUCUGAGCAACCCUCACCUGUCAUUCGCAAAGCUGUGGAAGAAGUACGGCGAUGUGGUGAGUUUAGAGUUUGGAUGGACAAACCUGGUGGUGUUGAGUGGCUACAAGGCCCUGAAAGAGGCUCUGGUGAAGAAAUCGGAAGACUUUGCGGACCGGCCCAACUUUCGAAUCUAUGAAAAGUUCUUUGAGCAGCACGGGGAAGGUAUCGUGCUUGCAAAGUACGGAGACUGGUGGAAGCAGCAAAGGAAAUUUUCACUCUUGACCCUGAAGAACUUUGGGCUCGGAAAGAAGUCCCUUGAAUUGAGAAUUGUGGAAGAGGCUGAAUUUUUAAUUCAAGGUUUUGAAAGUGAACAAGGUCUCCCUUUUGAUCCACAUUUCCAUUUAACUUAUGCGACCUCGAAUAUCAUCUGCUCAAUUGUCUUUGGUGAACGCUUUGAAUACAGUGAUAAGAAGUUCCGUAGACUUUUGCACAUACUUGAAGAAAGCUUUGUGUUGGAUGGUGGAUUUUGGGGUCAGUUGGUGAAUACGUUCCCCUUCCUGUAUUACCUCCCAGGACCGCAAAAUAAAAUAUUUCAAAAUCAGGACAAAAUGGCUCAAUUUUUGCAAGAAAUAAUCACAAGUCACAAGGAAUCAUGGGAUCCAAAUUAUACCAGGGACUUUAUUGAUGCUUUCUUAACACAACAGGAGAAGGUGAGGAACACACCGAACACAAGCUUCCUGGAGAACAAGAUGAUUGGGACAUUACUAAGCCUCUUUGCUGCAGGUACAGAGACCACGUCCACCACCCUAAGCUGGGGCUUGCUCUUCAUGGUGUUACAUCCAGAUGUGCAGUCUCAGGUUCACGAGGAGAUUGACAGAGUGAUUGGGAAGGGUCGAAGGCCAAGGUUGGAAGACCGGGAGGAGAUGCCAUUCACUAACGCUGUUAUCCAUGAAACACUACGCUUAGGGAAUAUUGUUCCGAUCUCAGUGGCACAUGAAACGUACAGAGAUACCACAGUCAUGGGUUACACCAUCCCAAAGGGAACAAUGAUUAUUCCAAACAUUUCCUCUGCCUUGUUUGAUGAAGAUACUUGGUUGACUCCACAUCAGUUUAAUCCAGGACACUUCCUCGAUUCCGAUGGGAAGUUUGUGAGGCCAGAAGCUUUCAUCCCAUUCUCGGCAGGUCAUCGUGCGUGUUUGGGGGAGCAACUGGCAAAGACAGAGCUCUUCAUCUUCUUCACGUCCAUGCUCCAAAGAUUCACGUUGUUUCUCCCGGAAAAUGAGCCAAGACCAAGCUACAAGGAAGCUCGAUUCGGAAUUACCCUCUGCCCACUGCCAUAUCGACUCUGUGUUAAAACCAGAUAGGGAUGGAUAUUCACCAUCUGGGGUCAGGAGGCUUUUUGCUAAACUCAGAUUCAAAAUGCUGAUUUUUUUAUUAAAGAUCUUUAUUGUUAAUCAUUAACUCGUACUAAUUUACCAGUCCUCUUGAGAAACAAUCCAGUCCAAGGUUAGGAAACCUAUCAUUGAAUUAAUUGGGACUAUGACCUAAUCAGAAGAAACAAUACUUCUUUAUUCAUACAGCAUGGAGUAGGCCUUUCCAGCUUUUCGAUCCCCAGCAACCACUGACAAACCCAAUUAGCCCUAACCUAAUCACAUUUACAAUAACCCAUUAUCCUACCCAACAGGGUAUGUCUUUGGAUCCGGAGAAACCCACACUUUCCAUAGGGGAGGCCAUACAGCAAUUCCUUACAGAAAGGGGCCGGAAAUGAGGUCCAAACUCCAGAACAUCCUGAGCUGUAAUAACAUCGUGCUAACCACUUCACUACCGUGGUUCCCUGUUAUUGUCUGUGUUAAACUGAGGCUCCAACAGUCCAUCCUGAUGGAUGUAGUUCUGAAAUUAACAAAUGUAGAUGUGGGCAUCACUAGAUGAUGGGCAAAAACCCCCAAUAAAAACAUUAGAAAGCAGUAAAGGAGUGAAGUUACAAACAUGAAAGUGUAGUGACCAUUCCUCAUCCCCGAUCUGAGAGGGAUCUCUUCGCAGACCAGUCUUUCAUUGACAGGCAACUUACUCAUCUGCAACUCAUCUCGUUUGUGAAGAAUUAUGCUUAUGUUUGGAAAUCCUUUAUUGAUCCAUAAUCUCUAUUACAACUACUCCUCAAAAUAAAUGUGUUCUACUUGUUUAAUCUUUUUUGGUAGCUGAAACCAUGUUUUCAUUAGUUGGGAGGGGGAUCUCAUCACUCAAAAGAGUAAUUAUUGGCAGCUACGAUCCUUCAGAAAAGAGAUAAAGUAGUUAAUUAUUCUUUGCAUUAUAGAAUGAUACAGUAUAA